UUAUAAUGCACUAACUGAAGUUAACACUUCGAGUGAAUUGGAAGUCAAGUUGACAUUAUCACCAAGAAAAUCAAUUUCUGGUUUCUUGUGAUUUUGAUUUAUGUUCCCUAGAUUUUCUUUCUAUAUCAGAUAUUGGCCAUCUUGUUUUAUGGUGAAAUCACUCAUUUAGCUUAGACAUUCGAUUUGCACCCAUUAAGCUUUAGAUUCAAGCACCACUUCAACCUGAGCAACCGAGUGGUAACAUAAAAGCUUGCACUACUUACUGCUUGUAACCUAGAACACAAACCUGUAUUGGGUUACCGAAUCGCCUUGUGCUACAGUGCAUGCCGUGAUGUUCCAUUGUUACGUUGAUUCAAUCAGGUCGUAUGGUGAAAUGCUCAGUGUUCCGCUAAGAAUAGCUUGACCUCCAGUUUUAGCGACAAAUUUCUAAUUAUAUAGGCAGCUUUAUAGAACCCAAUAUUCUUGAAGGCGAAGUUUUCCUUAUGAUAUGCUGAUGUAUCGAAUGUACAGACAAUUAAACCUGGUUUGAAAAACAUAUUUCUUAUGCAACAGUUCCUACUGAAAAGGUUAAUCAUCUAGGCGUGAAACGCGUACAACAGUCAAAGUUAAAUUUAUAGUUGUAUUUUUAUAUGACUAAUGUUUUACAUGAACUCAUGCUGCAGUAUGACACUGAUCUCUAAAUUUGUAAUGUAACUUAUGGGUUUUAUUUUACACACAGAUAAACCAUGAUUAAUCCACGUUCAUGGAUGUCUGAUCUGCCAUCACAUAUAGCGCAAAAACCCCUUAAUACAAUAUGUAUACCGGGUAGCCAUGAUUCAUUUACUUAUUCCAUAACUCAACGCAGUCUACCUUCACCGGAUGGCCCUAUUUAUCAACUAGCUAAAUAUAUGCCUCGUUCAAUGUUAAGUCGAGUAUUAUAUCCAUGGAGUGUGACUCAGUCACUAAAUUUAGUUGACCAAUUAGAAGCUGGAAUUCGGUAUUUCGAUUUUCGCAUCUGUUUGCGGAGAAAAAAAAGGUUAAGCCAAUAUGAUAGCACUGAUUACGACUUUUGUUUAGUACAUGGACAGUAUGCAAAUCUGUUAUCCAUAGAACUUGAAAGUAUUCUUCAUUUCCUUCAGUCCAAUCCGAAAGAAGUUAUUAUUGUGGAUUGUAAUCACUGUUACUGCUUUGAAACUGAUGAACAGAAAGAUCAUUUUGAAUCACUUGUACUAAAGAUUAUAGGUUUCAGUAUGUUCCCUCAUCAACAGACGAUUCCAACUUUAGAAGAUAUUUGGAGUGCUAAAAAGCAAAUCAUAUUCAUAUCUUGUCAUCGAAAGUUUUAUGAGAGAAUUCAUAUGAAGUUUUGGCCUUCCAAUUGUAUCAAAUCAUUUUGGCCUGAAACAGUUGAUCCCCUGGUCAUGAUUUCCUUUCUAAAUAAACAUACUGAGUCUCAUCAACAAAGACCAGAUGAUAUUUUCUGUGUAUAUCAAGCUGUUCUCACUCCAACAGUAACAUUUCUCUUGCGUCAUCCGUUCAGCUCAGUUCACCAAUUGGCUAAAAUUGCUGGAAAAUAUUUUAAAGAAUGGCUGAAUAAACCUAAUCGUUUUGCUGGACCCUAUGGUGUUAAUAUUACACUGAUUGACUUUGUUUCUAUCACAUAUCCUGAGUAUAUACAUGAUGUUAUAUCACUGAACUAUAAAACAUGGCCGAACAGCCAACUAAUCUGUUAG